GAAGCUUAUUUCAGGCGCCAUAUUUGUUUAUUUUUGGCAGACGAACAGUGUGACUGUCACCUUUUUCGCGCGGUCUAGGCAGCAAUUUGUGAGGCUGACAACAGGCACGAAGUACUCAGAGAAAAAAGUAUUCCAGAUGGAGGCAAUAAACUUUGGCUGGGGUCUCUUCAUUAACAGCAGUCAUGUUUAGCUAAGUAGAUUCUGAUUGGCUGUCAAGUCCUGAACACUUUGUGUCAUGGAGGAGUCCAAGGGUGCUGAUGAAGGGGAGCAACUCUUGCUGGUGGAUACAACAGACCUGCAGCUGAACCAGCCAGACAUGGAGAAGGUGCGUCAUGACCGCAUGGAUCGCAACAGGCACCUAAUGAGUGCAGUGAAUCCAUCAGUUGCAAACCAAGUUCUUCCCACUACGGACAAUCUUCCACGGGAGCACAAAGCUGCUGUCUGUAUUCAACGACACGUUCAGGGCCAUCUUGAUCGGAAGCGGUACGUUCAGCUACUCUUGGAGCAAUUUGAAGAGGAAGAGAAAAUGAGACUUGAGAAGACAAUGAAGCAAGUGGAAGAAGGACAGCUUCUGGUGGAAAACCAUCAGUUGGAGGUAGAAUUUGACGACAACCAGACGACGCGACGGAACAAGAAAAGACAUUAUCUUAGUAAUGUUAUCACACUUCAGAGGGCAUGGCGAGCUUACAAGAGAAACCAAUGUGGCCGAGAUGCAGGCAAUAAUAACAUGUCUCCCCACAGCCCUGUUUCUGAGCCGGAUCUGAGCGAGUCGGACAGCGCCCAUGGCCCCCAGGGGAUGUCCGUGUCCACCCCGGAUGACACCACGCCCAGUCUAAGCACAGAAAAUGAGAUACAGUCUGAUUUUGAGUCCGUGGAGACGCCAGAGCUUGGUAGCCCAGUACAUUGUGUUCAGGACGGGGAGUCGGAAUCCGUUGUUUCUGAUGUCUCAGAGUUAGCAGCACCUCUGAAGGUUUUGGCCGAAACCGAGGUUGACAUUGUGCAAAACGUGAAUCAGAGGAAAGAAUCGGGUUGUUUGCCCUUGGCAAGAGGCCCAAGGUCAAGCGUAACGUCUGUUGGGAUUAUUGAGAGAAACCCGCGGGAGACUGAUGAAGAGUUCAGCAAGCGUGUUCGAAAGCUGAAUUUCUUGAGUCUUGCCCAAGAAUUUGCAGAGUUAAAGAAAAUUGAUGCAAAUGCUCUACCCUUUGACCUUCACAAAGGUCGUCGUUUUGUGUGCAGUUCGGAGAGUCCUGACGAUUCUGUAGACGGCGAAUCUGGUGCAAGCAGCGCCAUGGAGGCAGGAGAACUCACCAAGGGAGACUAUCCUCCAUCUGGAAUUGCUACUUUGCCGAAAAACUUCAAACUGGUUCAGGGUAUGAGUAAACUGUCAACAGCAGGUGAUGGCAGUUUGCCUAAAAACCACCAGCUGCAGCAGUCGAGUGCUUCCAGUUUUGCCAACCCCCCGAAAAAUGCUGUGGCGGCCAUGAUGAAAGAUGAGAGAAAGCUUCCAGCGAACAUGGGCCGAAACAGCCCGGCCAAAGAGCGCAGUGUGAGGAAAGCCUCGAUGGGAAGCAGCGAAAGGCUGGAAGACUUUGAUGUGUACAACAUAGAGACGACACUACCGCAGAUGGACUGGGAGACACUUGAGCAACAGCUGCAGCUGGCGGCUGCAGAAGAAGAGAAGAAAAAAGAGGCUCGUCGAAAUGACAGAGAAGAAAUCCGCAGGAAGUUGGCCAUGGGGACAGGAGACGAGGAUUAUUACUACGGCGAACGCGCGUUUAAAAAGCCGAGCCUGCAGACGCGGCUACAGAGUGGCAUGAAUUUACAAAUAUGUUUUAUGAACGAAGCUACGCUAGCAGGAGAUGGAGAUGGAAACCAGGCAACCGUUGAGAAAGGAGUGGACGGAGAGAAAGUGCCGCCGUCCAGUUCCUCACCCCAAAGUGGUUCAUCACUGAUUGAGAAAAAAUCCAGUCCUAUACAGAAUGACAAGAAACCAUUGAGCAAUUCGCCACCAAAACACAAAACAGGGGAGCUAACUGUGAAGAUAGACGAACCUGUGGAAGACGAAGAUUUCUUUAAAAAACAAGCUCGAUUACAGGCUGAAGCCAGACUAGCGCUUGCCCAGGCCAGUACGAUGGCUCACAUGCAGUUAGAAGUGGAGAGACAGAUGAAGAAAAAAUCACCAAUAGCCGAUAUGGUUGGUAUCCCUGGAUUUGGCGAUGGAAGGAGGCAUAAAUUAACGAGAAAGAUGAUGGAAGGGAUGAAUCUAGCUCAGAUUCAAGUUUUAGUGAACGACCUACAUUCACAAAUAGAAAAUUUAAAUGAAGACCUGGUACGGAUGCUGGUGGAGAGAGAUGAUCUACAUAUGGAGCAGGAUUCUAUGCUGGUUGACAUUGAAGAUCUGACAAGACGCUGAUCAAAGCCGUUGAAGAUUUCUUCGCAAUACGUGCCCAGGAGUUUGCAUCAUUGAUGAACAUCCAACAGAAGAAAGUUGAUAGGCGAAAAUGAUGGUCGUCUCUGCUCUAGAUGACAAAAUUCUCUUCUCAUUGGGGGGAGUAAUGUGGACAGUAUCUGAUAGUGGAACACAUUUGUUGGUGAAAUCACGCGGAGGAGUCAUUACACUAGACAUGCCGACGACAAUCUGUGCUGAACGCGCAAACCAGGAUUUAAUCUCAAAGCCUUUUUCACAAAAGGUUGAUCCAAUCUUGAAUGAACCUAAAGUACUGUAAUAAAGACGUGUUCAAAGACAAGAAAAACAUUGGAAGAGAAAUGUGCAUUUCAAUUCUAUGACUUGAAAUUCAAGUGGAAAAAUAUGACUCUUUCGUGAAUAUUACUGGAUUCUUCUUCUUUGACCAAAGUCUUGUGCACAUGUUUCGUCAACAACAACAACAACUAUACACUGUGAUGUGUAUUGUCCAACUGCAACAGCUUAACAAUCAGAGUUUGCUCGUUUGGUCUAUCUGGCCAAUCACAGUACAGAUCAUGGGAUUUCUAAGAGUCUACAGAUAGCUUUUUGAUUGAGAUCGACAGCCAUUUGUUAAGAAUUGUUCUCAAAAUACUCUGCACCUAUGAUAUUAGGCCUGAUUAUAGUGUGUGUAAUUCCUCUGAAACUGACCCCUCAAAACCGUACAGUCACCAGUGGCUUAUAAGAACCUGAGGUAGAGAUGCUGUAAUAAUGUUGCUCUUGAUGAUGUUGCAUCAUUUAUACCAUAAAUAUAUCUUUCUGAACUGAGAACACGUGUUCAAGAGCACACUUUAAUCCAGUGGAUAGCAUAAAAAGGCAUUAUUUUGAAAUGGUUCGAGAAUGUUCGAAUUGGAUUGGAAAUGGUGAAUUUGUGGGAAGAGUGCUGAUGCAGUGGAUUUCAAAUUGUGCAUUUGCAGGAACAUUAAAUUGCUAACCCAGUGGAUUAUGAAUGGUGGAUUUGCAGGAAAAGGGCUGACGCAGUGCAUUACAAAUGGUGGAUCUGUGGAGGGAGUCCUGAUCCAGUGGAUUGUGAAUGGUGGAUUUGCAGGUAAAGGGCUGAUGCAGUGCAUUACAAAUGGUGGAUUUGUGGAGGGAGUCCUGAUCCAGUGGAUUAUGAAUGGUGGAUUUGCAGGUGAAGGGCUGAUUCAGU